AAGGGAAAUUUCACUUUACUUGUCGAAACCUCGAAACCCACUGUUGAUUGGAUCAUUUAACUAGAAACUAGAAUUCGUUUCUUAACAAAAUUAAUUUCAUUUGAAUAAUUUCUUUUAUUAAUUUCCUUAACUUCCGGACUAUUCAUUAUAACAGAAUGGCUAGGCAUAGGAACGUUCGAACUAUGAAUUAUGACGAAGAGUACGAUGGUUAUGAUGAUGUCUACGGCCACUCUGUUGAAGAUGAUUUUGCAUCAUCGCCGAGCAUGCAACACUUCCUCUACGAUAGAAAUCAAGAGCAUCAGAUGUCUGCCUACAUUCAGUCUGACAUUCCUGAAGAAGAAGAAGAGUUGACGCCAGAAGAAUCUAAAAAUGGGGCUGGUGUUAGUGCUCCACCUAGAAUACCACCAUUAGGAGAAUUGGAACAGGCCCAAUUGUAUUCAUGUCUGGAUCUUCUUAGAGAUAGGAUGGGAGAUGCACUGUCAGAACAAGCAGGAAUCAAUGCAAUUCUAGCAGCUAAUUUUGAUGCUGAAAAGGCGCUUGACCAGCUGUUAAGGAAUUCUGUUCCUGUUUCAUUGAAAAAAGUCUCAAAACCAACAAUCAGAGAAAAAACAGUUCCUGCAAUUCAAGUGGAAACAAUCAGAGGAUCAGUGACUAAAGAAGAAAAAAUCCCAGUGAAAGUAGUUCCUACCAAAAAGGUUUCGACCGGCUUUACGGUGGCUUCAAACAGUUCCAGUGUCAACGUUGCAACUGAAAGCCAAUCAGCCAAGCAAGAAUCGGCAGUAGAAGAGACAAGUCGGCAGCUAGGUUUCCUUCGAACGCCAGGGGCCACUCCAAGGUCUACAUCUCCUGCAGACCGAGAAGUUACACCAUUUGCCACUCCCAAAUCUCAGUCGCGCUCGCGAGAGAGUCGGCUGGACGCCGCCAGUGAAUACGUGAAGGAGCGCGGCGGAACCAAGGCGUUGCUCAAUUUAGUUGUUGUCGGACAUGUCGAUGCGGGAAAGUCGACGUUGAUGGGUCACUUGCUAUUCCGGUUGGGCCAGGUUUCCGCCAAGCAGAUGCACAAAUACGAGCAAGAGUCUAAGAAACUUGGAAAGCAAUCGUUCAUGUACGCUUGGGUACUUGAUGAAACUGGGGAAGAAAGAGCACGUGGAAUUACAAUGGACGUGGCCCAGUCGCAAUUUGAAACGGAAAGCAAAUCCAUAACCCUUUUAGAUGCGCCUGGACAUCGAGACUUUAUUCCUAAUAUGAUUUUCGGAGCAGCACAAGCCGAUGUUGCCCUAUUGGUUGUCGACGCCACCACUGGUGAAUUUGAAACAGGAUUUGAAAGUGGCGGGCAAACUAGGGAACAUGCUCUCCUCGUGCGAUCUCUCGGUGUCAGCCAGUUGGGAGUCGUCGUCAACAAGUUGGAUAUGGUGGGUUGGUCACGUGAUCGUUUCAAUGAAAUCUCGGCUCGCUUGGGUGCCUUUUUAAGACAAGCCGGCUACAAAGAGCAGGAUGUAUUCUACGUUCCUGUUUCCGGGCUCAGCGGAGAGAAUCUCACCAUUUCUAGCGAGCCCAAACUCACCGAGUGGUACAGCGGACCGACUUUGCUUCAAGCUAUCGACAAAUUUCGACCACCGGAACGUGCUCUAAAUCGACCUGUUCGCUUCGUGAUCAGUGAUAUCUUUAAAAGUGUGGUCGGUAGCUCCGGUUGUUGCUUGGCCGGUCGACUUGAAAGCGGAAUGAUUCAAACCACUGAUAAACUUCUAGUAAUGCCUUUAAACGAAGUCAUCCAAAUAAAAAAUAUCGCCAUCAACGACAACUCAACGGGGUCAUGUUUCGCCGGCGACCAAGUGGUGCUGACUGUGAGUGGUGCUGAUCUCAGUGACGUCAGCCUUGGCUCUGUUUUGUGCGACCCCAGCCAGCCAAUUAAAGUGACUUCACGCAUUCAAGCCCGUGUGGUGAUAUUCAACGUCGACAUCCCCAUCACCAAAGGCUAUCCGGUGGUGAUUCAUUAUCAAUCCCUGUCUGAAGCAGCUACGAUCACCAAACUAAUUGCCCAGAUUCACAAGAGCACCGGUGAAGUGAUUCGAAAACGACCUCGAUGCUUAACGAAACAAACCAGCGGUCUGGUGGAAAUUGAAAUUUCUCGUCCCAUCUGCAUGGAACUUUACAAAGAUUACAGGGAACUGGGUCGAUUCAUGAUCCGGGCAAGCGGUACGACCAUCGCCGCCGGGCUCGUCACGAGUAUCAUGUGACGUCAAUUACUUUCUCGUUAAGAUUGGGCAAGAAUCGGUGGGGAUGGAUAUUGCUUCCAAUGCUGGAAAAUUUUGUUGCGGUUUUCUUUUUUUUUUUUUUUGUGCACUGAUCCCAAAUAUAAUGAGAAAACGAGGA